AUGCUCCGGAAACAGUCAUCGCCGAUGAUGCCGCCCUUCAUGGUGUCGGCGCCCGGAAAGGUCAUUGUCUACGGAGAACAUGCAGUUGUGCAUGGAAAACCUGCCAUCGCGGCCGCGAUAUCCCUCCGCUCGUACCUCCACGUCUCGUUCCUUUCCAAGUCGCACCGAACUGUUACGAUACGCUUCCCCGACAUCGAGCUAGAACAUACAUGGAACAUCGAUGAGCUACCAUGGGAUGCAUUUAACGCGCCAGGGAAGAAGAAGCACUACUACGACCUGAUUACGACCUUAGAUCCCGAGCUGCUUGAAGCCUUACAACCGCACCUGGACGCAGUCUCGCCCAAGAUUCCUGAGUCGAUACGGAAGGUACACCACGCAUCUGCAUGCUCCUUCCUCUACCUAUUCCUUUCCCUCGCGUCGCGAAAAACAUCACCAUGCGUUUACACACUCCGCUCCACAAUUCCGCUACGAGCCGGUCUCGGAAGCAGCGCCAGUAUCUCAGUAUGCAUCAGCGCUGCGCUGCUCCUCCAAAUCCGUGCAUUAAGCGGUCCACAUCAAGACCAACCUCCGCAAGAAUCCGAGCUCCAGAUCGAGCGAAUAAACAGAUGGGCCUUCGUGGGCGAGAUGUGCAUACACGGUAAUCCCUCUGGCAUCGACAACACAGUGGCAUCAGGCGGUAAAGCAGUCCUCUACCAGAAGGCGUUCAAAGGAAAACCAUCCCGGAUCUUGCCCCUCCACAGUUUUCCCGAACUGCCUCUCCUCCUUGUCAACACGCGCCAGUCCCGCAGCACUGCCGUCGAAGUCGCCAAGGUCCAGACUCUCCUCAACAACCAUCCUGUCCUCACAGAGAACAUUCUCGACGCGAUAGGCCAUAUCACUGAAUCAGCUUACAAGCUGCUCACAUCGGCCGACUUCGAUCCGGAAUCGCACGCCUCGCUCAAAUACCUCGGUGACCUUGUCACAAUAAAUCAUGGCUUGCUGGUCUCGCUGGGCGUUUCGCACCCGAAGCUGGAGCGCAUCCGCGAGCUGAUAGAUCACACGGGUAUUGGGUGGACGAAGCUCACAGGUGCAGGAGGGGGUGGAUGCGCGAUAACGAUCAUCAAGCCGCGACCGACGUCUACUGCUAACGGCACCGGCAACGGGAACGGCGUCCAUCACGAGCACUCGUCUUCAGAAUCCGAAUCUGAGCCCGAUUCGCCUGUCGCCGCAUCGAUAAUCUCCUCGGGUACGAAGCUUAAGCAUGCGAUCCUCGAUUCGCUCGAAGUCAAGCUUGAAAACGAAGGGUUCGAGAAGUUUGAGACGACGCUGGCGGGUGAUGGUGUCGGCGUGCUUUGGCCAGCUGUGCUGCAUAACGGGAAUGAAGAGGAGGGCGGUGAGGAGAUUGAUCAAGAGAAAUUCCUUAGGGCUGAGGGCACCGAGGGCAUUGAGAGGUUGGUCGGCGUGAAGCAUGCAGGAAUAAGGAAGAACGUAGAGAGGGAAGUAAGAGAAGGGUGGAAGUUUUGGCGGCCCUGGGAGACGAGCGAAGAUUAG